GUGUGCCACUUACGCGCAUUCUUCCAUUAAUUGGUUUGUGGUUUGCAUUAUCACAUUCAGAUUUCUUCAAUGUUGCAUUUUUCUCUCAAUCAAAAUCAUGACAUUAUUACAUUGACUUGGAAGUCUUGUGUGGGACUGUACUGGGACGACUUACGCGCAUGGGUUUGUUUGAAUUUUCACAUUCCACACAAUUUCUUCUUUACCUUAUUUCUUCAAGAAAAACAAUUACUCUAUGCUAUAGUUAGAGAGGUUAACAGAUCAGACAUGAAAACUAGCAUGAUGUCAAUGCUAGCGCUGCUAAUAAUUCUGCAGCUGCUCUUCAUGACUAGUGUUGGAAAUGCUCACAAUAAUCAAUCCUGUCCCUUCCAUCUAUCUUAUGCAGAUAACAGCAAUGAUCAGCAGAUGAUGAUUGAAUUUCCAGCACUUCCAGUUCCAGUGAGACUCCUCGUCAACUACAUAGACUGCGAAAGACGAGAAAUACUUCUAUCUGAUCCCGACCACUGUCUUCCUAGACUCUUUCUAAGACACAACUUCUCAUUGUUUUACCCUUUAAGACCCUCCUCGUCGCAGUCAAGCUACAAUACUAGUUUCUUCGAUUGUUCUUCAGUUGGACAACACCAUCUGAGAAGCUGGGUUCAAAAUUCCUCCAAUGCCCAAGAUAUGCUGUCUUGCCCAAUUUAUGUCGCUGACCCCGGAGAAAGUGUCGUUGAUUUGGACCUUUUUCAGUGCACCAAAAUGUUUGAUCAAGUUUUGCCAUUAUUUUCAGAUGAUGUACGGCAGAACUCACUCCAAUUGGAAUGGCCGGAAACAAAUUUUGAUAGAGGGUGCUUAAGAUGUGAACACAAAUUAAAGAACAAAUCAAAGAGGAGGAUGAAGAUGAGUGAGCACAAAUCAAAGCACAAAAUUCAUCAAUCCGCAAUUUUUAUCGCUGCAGGUGUAGUUAUUGGUUUACCUUUCCUGGUGUUUUUGCUCAGUGUCACCUUUCGAAUAUAUCGCAAUUAUAGGAUGAAAGGGGAGGAUCAUGCAAGAGUUGAGAAAUUUUUGAAGGAUUACAGGGCUCUGAAGCCAACCAGAUUCUCUUAUGCUGAUAUCAAGAGAAUCACAAACAAACUCAAAGAGAAGCUAGGUGAAGGAGCUCAUGGAGCAGUCUACAAAGGUAAAUUAUCCACACAAAUUCUGGUUGCUGUGAAGAUCCUCAACAACUCAGAGGGAGAUGAUGGGACAAAGUUCAUCAAUGAGGUGGGAACCAUGGGCAAAAUACACCAUGUCAAUGUCGUUCGCUUGCUUGGCUAUUGUGCUGAUGGGUUUCAUAGAGCUCUAGUUUAUGACUAUUUCCCAAACGGGUCACUACAGAAUUUCAUCGUCUCUUCACCCAACAACAAGGAUAAGAAAACCUUCCUUGGAUGGGAAAAGUUGCAAGAGAUUGCUCUUGGCAUAGCCAAAGGAAUUGAUUAUCUUCACCAAGGUUGUGAUCAGAGGAUUCUUCACUUUGACAUCAAUCCUCAUAACGUCUUGCUUGAUGACACCUUCACUCCAAAGAUUACUGACUUUGGUUUGGCUAAGCUGUGUUCCAAGAAUCGAAGCACGGUGUCCAUGACUGCAGCCAGAGGAACACUAGGCUACAUGGCACCUGAAGUUUUUUCUAGAAACUUCGGCAAUGUGUCUUACAAGUCUGAUAUCUACAGUUAUGGGAUGCUAUUGCUAGAGAUGGUUGGAGGGAGAAAGAAUAUUGUAAACAACACUACAGGUCAAGAAAAUAAUAAUGUUCAAGUUCUGUAUCCAGAUUGGAUACAUGGUUUGGUUGAAGGAAGAGACAUGCAUGUCCGUAUUGAUGAUGAUGAAGAGGGAGAUUUUGAAAUUGCAAAGAAACUAGCUAUUGUGGGACUUUGGUGCAUUCAGUGGCAUCCUAUGCAUCGUCCAUCCAUGAAGACUGUGAUGCAGAUGCUCCAUGGAGAGGGAGACAAGUUAAAAGUUCCCACCAACCCUUUCCAGCCAAAAACUUCAGCUAGUACAAGCAGUACUAGUGGUACUAUUGUUGCAAAACGUCUGAAUUUGGAGCUGGAAGUGAUUCAAGAGUUAGAUUAGCUUAACUAUAGAUUUCUAUUAAUUAGUUGGUUGUUCAUUGUCGAUGACUUAUUACUUCUUAGCAAUGUACUUAGUGUGUGAGUUUAUCGACAUAUAUAAUAUUUAAACUUAUAAUGUAACCUGAAAACUUCUGCAUGAGAGUUACUCUUUCACAAUGGAGAUUGAUCGAAUCUCUUUGUUUUU